UGGCUAUCACGCAGCCACCGGAAGCCACUCUCUCUCUUCCGGUCGGCGCCCGGCCCGCAGCACGAGACCCCAAAAUGGCGUGGCGGGGUACGGUCUCGAAGCGCUAGAGGGGUCGCGCCGGGGACUGAACUUCCAAGGUCCGUGCGCUCCCGGGGCCUCGCGCCUUCCCGGCACAGCCCCCGGGGGCGCGGGAACCCGGACCUGCCUUCCUCCCCGCGACGGCGUGAGGUGUGGUGACUCCAUAGCCGAGCCCAGAGAGAGGGGAAGUGGCGUCCACGGAAGCCAGAGCUGGGUGGAGUUCCCUUGGGGAGAAGAUCCACUCAUUGGUUUUGUACCAAACCUGACAAGGCCUCAGUUAUCAGGUGGCCCAGGAGGAUGUCACAAGUAGGAGAAAAAGUGUUCCCAGAGCAAAUAAUGAUGAGCCAUGUGGAGGCGAAUGCAUGCUUGUACCCACAUGUGGAGGUUUUGCAGGGUACUAAGAGGUCUGUGAAAGAGAGUUCCGAUAAGAGUAAGAAAUCCAGCCCACAGAUGGGCGGUCUUAGUCCUGAGAGUGCUCGCCAGCGCUUCCGGAGCUUCUGUUAUCAUGACGCACCUGGACCGUAUGAGGUUAUCAGCCAACUGCAGGAAUUAUGCUAUCAGUGGCUGAGGCCACAGAUCCACUCAAAAGAGCAAAUCUUGGAAUUGCUGGUGCUGGAGCAGUUCCUGGAUGUUCUGCCCAGUCAUAUCCAGAACUGGGUGCAGAAGUAUCAUCCACAGAACAUCAAAGAGGCUGUUGCCCUGGUAGACCGCUUUAAGAGAGAAUCUGGUGGAAUAAGCAAUGAGGUCACAGCCCAUGAACUGGGAAAGGACACAGUGCUCUUGGGAGGAACAGCAGUGGCCCCAGGCUUUAAGUGGAAGCCAGCAGAGCCCCAACCAAUGGGUGUGUUCCAGGAAGAAUGUUCGAUACUGCAAGAGCCGGGCUGGAAUACUCACAAAGAAACCCAGCCUGUGUAUGAAGGAGCUGUGCCUGAUGAAGACAAUCUAACCUUUUGUGAGCAGAAAAGCACCCUAAGCUGGAAGAUGGCGUCUGAGCUCACCUUGCCGAAGUCCCAGAGGCCGUUGACAUUUGAAGAUGUGGCCUUGUAUUUUUCCGAGGAAGAAUGGCUAAUAAUGGACCCUAAUCAGAGGACCCUCUACCUUGAUGUAAUGCAGGAACUCUAUGAGAAUGUCACCUCUCUAGUCUUGGGCUAUUGCGAAUAAAGCUGCCAUGAACAUUCCUGUACAGAAUUUUGUGUAGAGACGAGUGGCUGCAUCAUUUUACCUUCCUAGCCAGCAAUGGAUGUGAUCCAGUUUCUCCACAUUCUUGCCAUUGUUUAAUAGUAUUACCAUUAAAAAAUUUUUUUUGGCAUUCUGUUAAGUAUGUAAUGUUAUCUCAUUGUGGCUUGGACUUGCAUUUCGCUAAUAGCUAAUGAUGAUGUAGUUUUUCAUGUGCUUAAUUGCCAUCUUUAUAUUAUCUUCAGUGAAACGGCCUUUGCCAUGGUUUUCAUUAGGUUGUUUUUUAACUGUUGAAUUUUGAGAGUUCUCUUAUAGAUUGUAGUGCUUUCUUGGGUAUAUGGUUUGCAAGUAGUUUCCCCAAAUCUGUAUAUUUUUCUUUUUAUCCUCUUCCCAUGGGUUUCCACAGAGUAAGUUUUUUAUUUUGAUGCCCAAUUUUUCACUUUUCCUUUUACUGAUUGUAUUUUUGCUAUCAGGGCUAGCCAUAGAUCCCUAAAAUUUUCUGUGUUUUUCCUAAAAGUUUUUUAAGUUUGCAUUUUAGUCUGUGAUUCAUAUUGAGUAAAUUCUAUAUAAGAUACGAAAUUUAGAUUGAAGCUCAUUUGUUUUUUUGCCUAUGUAGGUCCAGUUGCUUCAGCUUUGUUUAUUGCAAAGGCUGCCCUUCCUCCCUUGAAUUGUUUUUGCACUUUUGUCAAAAUCAGUUGGGCAUACUUGUGUAUCUGCUUUGUUCCAUCAAGUUAUGUGUCUAUCCCUCUGCCAAUAUUGCACUGUCUUGAUUACUGUAGCUGUACAAUAUAGAAAGCCUGAAUCAGAUAGAGUCUCUCUUGCCACUUUAUUCUUUUGUCAAGAUAAAUUUUAAGCUAUGCUAGGGCCUGUCCCUUUCCGUGUAAAUUUUAGAAUAAGCUUAUCUAGAAGAAACUUUUUUGGAAUUUUGCUAGAAAUUACAUUAAACCAUAUGUUAAUUUGAGGA